AUGCCUCCCGAGACACUAAAAUCUAGAGAAAGACCCUCGACGCCGCAACACUACAAAGAACACCCCGAGUUGCUGAAGAGCGUAUUCGAAUGGAGCCCCGCACGUACAUCGACCCCAGUCGAGGAAGACGAGAGGGGUUCAGACGACAGCAGUCGACAACAUGAUGACCCGACGGUACCGACGAGAUCUUUGAGGCGCAUUACUAAGAAGAUCCCUCAGCGAAAGCUAGAUCCGAUUGAGACUCGAACUGACACAUUCGCUACAUCUUCGGGACGGCACGAGAAAGCCAGUAUCGAGUCCGAUCUGGGGUUCCAUACCAUCCCCAACUCGAUCGCGUCGUGCAAGGCCACCUCUACCUUCACCAUAUAUAACGGUCCAGAUCCCUUUAUACAGACAGAUGCAUACCGGCAGCCGAGCACCGCUCCUUCUCAUUCUGAUUUAGCAUUUGCAAUCUCCUCCACCGGUCGACUCAGCGCAAAAGGCAGUAUUCAGGCGAGAAGGAGAGACCGAAGCUCAGCUCAAGAGAAGCAACUCGAUUCGUUCCUAAUGGCUCGACCGAUCUCGACACCGCCUGGUAUCCCUCCUGAGCCGGUAUUGAGCAAAGAAGACAUAGAACUCAUGGGUUCUUAUUCAAAUAUUAGCCCAGCCCCGGCCCCUUCUCAUAUUCCACCUAAGCCAAAAUUCACCCGAGAAGAGUGGAAGCAGUUGAGGCGUGCAGUAUUUGGGGAUGGGCAGGAGAGUAUGGCUAUUUGCGAACAAGUCAUGGUACCGUCUUCUGAUGAUGGCUUCGAUCCCCCGCGCCCGCCUCCCCGCUUCGGCUGGUCCGACGGUUCGAUGAAGUCCGCCACCGACACAGCAAAACAAGAUCGAACUGUCCAGGUCGCCGGCGAGAUCGAGUCGUACAAAGAGCUCGCGAGCUCUCAGCGUUCUUGGGGGCAGAGUAUCUUCUGCGUUAUGUUUGAUGCAGUUGGUACACCGGUUGGGUCCCCUCAUGAUGACGAGGGGCAGAUUCUUGCAAAGUCGGGCCAAGAGGUAUUGUUUGGAGAUGGAGACUCUUUUGGCCGGCAUGAUGGAAUAAAGCGGAGUUGA